GACGACGACGACGACGACGACCACAAUCGAAGACGACGACGUCUAGUGCCAACUUCAGCGGCUAGAUUUAACACACACACAACUUGAUCAGCCGACGCCACUGAUCGCCGGAAAGGCUCUGAACGUGCCAAUAUAACACAUCUAUCCAGAGCGGGGAGUGGAAACGCAUGCGCAAAGGCUCGUAGCCCACAAUUCGCAGAUCUCUCGAGAGCGCGAAUCAACAAAUAUUCGUAUAAGCCAAACAAUAAUAAUAUAUAAAUAGUGUAAAUAGACAAAAACAGAGCACACACACACAAUCUGUCGCCCUGUCUCCCUUGUCGAUCUGUCUGCCUGCCUGUUUUUCUCAGGUUAGCUAUUUAAAGGCCCGCGCCGCAACGUCUAUCAAUCAGAACAUUCCCAGCUGCCCAACUGGCAGCAGCAGCGAGCAGCAGCACCAAGCACCAAAUCGCAACAAAUAGCACCACCCAGCACCACCAAACAGUCGACGAGUCAAAUUGUUACCAGCUCACAAGUGACAACUAAAUAUGUCUGGAGGCCCUCAAAAGACGUGCUUACCCAAGACAAAACAAUAACAAAGAGAAGAAAUAAAAAAACACCAAAAACAGUUAGCCAAUUGUUGUGCCGCGUCUACCUCGUUCGCUUUUUCAACCACCUACUUACCUAUCUACAUAUCUACAUAUAUUCAUUCCUCGUUUUUGACUUCAGACUUACGCAAGUCCAUUCGGCAUUGUGAUAUAUACGCGUGAAACUGAAUUAACAGUUCAAUUUAAACGUAGAAAGUAAAUUUAUAAAAACCACAAAAAAACAAAACACAAAUAAAUCACACAAAAUGUCUGCAUCAAAGGAGGCAAUUUGCGCCAGCACCGAGAAGGAUCUCGAAAAGCCACAUUUAGGAUGCUUUGCUACUCGUUAUUUUGUAACCUUUAUGCUCUUCCUGGGCAUGGCAAAUGCUUAUGUUAUGCGAACCAAUAUGUCGGUGGCUAUUGUUGCAAUGGUCAAUCACACGGCGGUUAAUGAGGGCAACGAAGUCUUUGAUGACGAGUGCGGAGAUCGUGAUAUACCAGUAGACAAUGGCCAGGAUGGAGAGUUCAAAUGGAGUUCAAGUCUUCAGGGUUAUAUACUCUCAUCCUUCUUCUAUGGUUAUGUUAUCACGCAAAUUCCAUUUGGCAUAUUGGCCAAGAAGUUUGGAGCAAUGCGUUUCCUUGGCUAUGGCAUGUUGAUCAAUUCGGUAUUUGCCUUCUUGGUCCCAGUGGCAGCUCGUGAGGGCGGCGUCUGGGGACUGUGUGCUGUCCGUUUCAUUCAGGGUCUGGGCGAGGGACCAAUUGUGCCCUGCACUCACGCAAUGUUGGCCAAAUGGAUACCACCCAAUGAACGUUCGCGUAUGGGUGCCGCUGUCUAUGCGGGAGCACAGUUUGGCACAAUUAUUUCUAUGCCUCUGUCAGGUCUAUUGGCUGAAUAUGGUUUUGAUGGUGGUUGGCCAUCGAUUUUCUAUGUGUUUGGCGUUGUUGGUACUGUGUGGUCCAUUGCAUUCCUGUUUUUCGUUCACGAGGAUCCCUCCAGCCAUCCCACCAUUGAUGAGCGUGAGAAGCGUUACAUUAACGAUGCUCUAUGGGGAGCUGAUGUGAUUAAGAGUCCACCAAUUCCAUUCAAGGCCAUUGCGAAAUCAUUGCCUUUCUAUGCCAUCCUCCUCGCACAUAUGGGCCACAACUACGGCUACGAGACUCUGAUGACUGAGCUGCCCACUUACAUGAAACAGGUGCUUCGUUUCUCCCUGAAGUCCAAUGGUCUGCUGAGCUCUCUGCCCUACCUGGCCAUGUGGCUGUUCUCCAUGUUCAUUUCGGUCAUUGCCGAUUGGAUGAUUAGCUCCAAGCGUUUCUCUUUGACUGCUACCAGGAAACUGAUCAACAGCAUUGGUCAAUAUGGUCCUGGCCUGGCUCUCAUUGCUGCUUCCUACACGGGCUGCGAUCGUGCCCUAACUCUGGCCAUUCUCACAAUUGGUGUGGGUCUCAAUGGUGGCAUCUACUCGGGCUUCAAGAUCAAUCACUUGGAUCUGACGCCACGUUUUGCUGGCUUCCUGAUGGCCAUUACCAAUUGUUUGGCCAAUUUGGCUGGUCUCCUGGCUCCCAUUGCUGCUGGCAAUUUGAUCAACAACAAUCCAACAAUGGGUCAAUGGCAAAUUGUAUUCUUCAUUGCCGCCUUUGUGUACAUCAUUUGCGGCACUUUCUACAACCUCUUUGGCUCGGGUGAACGUCAAUUCUGGGACCAGCCUGAGAAUGAUGAACAGAAACCGGCACUGGGAGCUGCUGAUGCCAAUAGUAAUCAGCCGACUAGGGCCAUAACUGCCCAGCAAUAGACCCCCACGACCCAUUUACCAAGUAGCCUUCUAGAUUAGUCCUUUGUUAUAGUUAACUAGUUAAGUUGCAAAGUUGUUAUUAGUGAGCAUUGACCUAGCUACCUACCUAACUACAUACAUACAUGCAUACAUGUUAGUUUUGUUAUCCUACCUGUCAAUCAAUCAAAAGACAAUAAUAGGCUCCUCCCACCCCCUUUUCCCAUUAUCAAACUACUGAGCACAAAUUGUAAAACUCAAGUCACACAUGUUUAUACUUAUUUAAGUUUUUGAUUCCCAACCACUGAAACAUUUUGUGUAGUUUGUAGUUGUAUCUUAUUGUGAUAGCAGAAGAGUUUAUUAAAUUAUAAAAUUUAUAAUUGAGUAAAUUUAAGAAAUGAAAAUUAACUUGACCCAUAAACAAGUCAAGAUUUGCUAAUAAAAAUUAUAUAUAUUUGCCUAAAGGGCAAAUAAACUAAA